AUGUCGAGAUCUUCAAUGUCACCCACCGAGGAGAACAACAACACCAGCAGCGGCAACAAUAAUAAUCCUCCCACUAGCACCCGCGGCAGACGACGCUCUCACCACGCCUGUCUGACUUGCAGACGAAAGAAGACCCGUUGCCCAGGCGAGAAGCCAGCAUGCUCCAGCUGCGUCCGCCUCAAACAGUCGUGCUCCUAUCCCCCGGCAAUCAGGCCCUCUCAGAGCGGUCCUUCGGAGGAGAGAUUGGCCCAUCUGGAGGAGAAGCUUGACUUUCUGCUCAACGGAAGCUUGCCUACGUCACAACAAAAACAGAACCAACACCACCAGCCAAACCAUCACCAACAGCAACAGCUCGAUUCGGCGCUCGAAGAAACAACAGACACGUCGGAAAAGUCAUACUCUGGCGUGCGCAACACGCGUGAGCAUAGCUACCCUACAAGCCAUCCCUCAGUAAAGUCCGAAUCCGAGAACUCGUCGCUGCGACCGAGCCAUUCCGAUAUCGCUGUCGGUAUCGCGCUGUACUUUGAGUACUGCCACCGACAGCCAAUAUGGUGCUUUGAGCGCGACGAGGUCAGAGACUUUGGGGCCAUGCAUGAUGAGCUUGCUUGCAGCAUUCUUGCCUUGACGUUGCGAUUCUCUGAGAAUGGGGAUCAGGCAAAGUUGUACGCCAACAAUGCAAAGAGUCUCAUCAUGCUGAGGAUCGCCAAUGGGACUGUAGAUCUUGCGACGCUUGAGAGCCUCUGUCUGCUCUCUUAUUCCUCAUUUAUUGACGGCAAUGUCCACCUUGGCCAGUUUCACCUCGGUCUAGCGCAUCAAUUAUGUCGCUCUGCGAUGCUGGACGUCGAGUCCGUUUACGGCAUGGAAGAUCCCAUGUCGGACCGCAAGAAGAGGCUAUUCUGGAGUCUGCAGAUGCUUGAGCAAUCUUACGGCCGACAAGAAGGUCUUUUGAGCGUACCGACCGAGAUCUGGCGCCCGGCCUAUUCCACUACUCGAGGCCAAACGCCAGAUCAUGACCCACGAGCGCCGACCCUCCCCAGAGAUGAUCUCGGUUGCCAUCACCAGAAUGAACCCGGUAUAUGGAACACCAGCGUUCAUCUCGGCUGGGUCUGGAGCCAAGUGCGAAAAUACGUGUCCGAUUGCUCACACAACAACAUCAAGGAGCCUUGGCGACAUGACUCGAUGUACGCCAAAGUUCUCGCCGACUUUAUGGAGACGGAGAACAGGAUACCCAUGUGCCAUCGCUACGACACAGUCAAAUUCUACGAGCGCAAGGUCGAGGACUUGAAGAUGCAUCGCGAUUACUGGGCGCCGUGGUUGAAGGAGCAGUUCACAUACCACGUCAUUCCGACCGUAUUGAACCAUCCUUUCUUGUACAUCGUGGGAGCGCAGCACAACCCCAACCUCGCCAUCCCAAACACAUUUUGGAGGCGAUCGUCAGAAUUGGCACUUCUGCAUUCCACAUGGAUCGUUCGCAUGAUCGACAUGGUCGUCGAUAAGCAAGUACCGCUUGCAGAUCCUUUCUUCGGCCACGUCGCUGCCAUUGCGGCGACGGUGCACCUGUACUACUGCUGCGCCGCUGCGACGCGAUUGAAGCACAAGUCAAACACGGACUUUGCCAAGUGCAGGCGAUUUCUGAAGAACUUUCUGCCCACUUCGGCAGCUUGUAGAGCAUUGGACCGCAACCUUGACAAGAUGACGCGCAUCGCUGCAGGUACAUCGGAUAGCAUGGACGUUGAAGACUGGAUGCCCUCAAAGAUCUACCUCAGCGUCCCUCUCAUGUGGAAGAUUCUCCAGUUCAACACCUUUGCAGAUUCUCACGAGCUCCCAACGGCCGGUCUCCUUAACCAAUCCCUCGUCCCAAACCACACAAACGAGGAUGCAAAUGAGAAUAUUACGCUGGAGAUCAUCGUCGCCAGCGCACCGGACAUCACAAUCAACACUGCAGACGGCGGCCAAGAAGCGCCAACGGCAUCUUACAAGGCCCCGCUCUCGUCGCAGGGCCCAGACUCUGCGCGCGACACUGUCUACGACGAGGUGCCAGUGGACGAUAACUUGACGCUAUGCACCACGCCAUGGCUCUACGCGGACUCGUCGCAGUUCGUCAACAUUGCCGACAUGGGCUGCGAUGACCCCCAACCUGCCCUGAGCGAGAGCAGAGGGCCUGCAUGGUGGGAAGGUGAAAAUUUUAGUAAUAUCAUGUUUAAUCACUUUUAG